ACUAUCGGCUGCCGCUAUCAUUGAAGAGGUGGUGAAACGUUGGACUGAAAGCUGAAAGCAUCGAAGUGUCAUUAAGAGCCUUUUAAUUUAAUAAUUUAUUAAAUAAAACUUAGCUUAAAACAUGUUCAAAUCAUUGCUGAUAUCCUUUGCCUUUUUGGCUGUGGCAAGCGUAAGUUUCGCCGAAGAUUCCGAAACGUCUGCCCGUUUGUUGGUUUCCAAACAGAUACUGAACAAGUAUUUGGUGGAAAAGAGCGAUUUGUUGGUGCGUUAUACCCUCUAUAAUGUCGGUAAUGGAGCUGCCACCAAUAUCAAAUUGGUGGACAAUGGUUUCCAUCCAGAAGCAUUUGAAAUUGUUGGUGGCAAACCCAGUGCUAAUGUGGAGCGUUUGGCUCCCCAAGCCAAUUACACACACGUUGUUGUUGUGAGGCCAAAAUCCCAUGGCUACUUCAACUUCACCGCUGCUGAGGUAUCAUACAAACCAGUUGAAGAAGCAGAAAAGAUCCAAUUGGCCGUUAGCUCUGAACCUGGUGAGGGUGGCAUUGUCAACUUGGGUGAAUUCAACAAACGUUUCUCUUCCCACUUCUUCGAUUGGAUUGCUUUCGCCAUUAUGACUUUGCCCUCAUUGGCCAUUCCUUUGGCUUUGUGGCAUUCUUCCAAGAGCAAAUACGAGCGUCCCGGCAAAAAUAAGAAGCAUUAAGUGUUUGCCGAAAGCUGCUUUUAUAGUUAGGCAAAUUUUCCCACUUAAAAGAAACAUUUCAUCAAAUUUUCAAUUCCUCUUAUGGUUACAUUUCUUGAAUUAAAAAUAUUCUUCCAUUUUCCGGGCCGGUGUCCUCGCUGGCAUUUUGCGCUAAAGGAAUGAACUGAAUGUUUGUUUUAGUUAUAGCCUGAAAAAAUCGUUUUAGAUUUAUCAAAAUGAAAGAAUUCACUCUAUUAUUGCUCUACAUACACAUGUAUAACUUAUUACGGUUUUUUUUUAUUUACCUAGACCAUGAUUGUUUCACUUGGUCCUAAGAGUUCAGAUUGCAAAACCAACCUCAUCAAUGUGGAAUCACUUUUUAGAUAACGAACACAUUUUUUAUUUAUGGCGUGCGUGCGUGUCAUUUUUGUCAUACAAUGUGAGAUUUUUUCUAAUAAACAAAUGUAAAAAAGGAA